GUCACGAUCCUUCGAAAAUCGACAUCGUCCGUCGACCACAACGCCAUUUUGAAAGGUGCUGAGCUGAUGACGGUAAUGCAAACAACUCGGACGAUGCUCGCGGCGUCUCUGGUCAUGGUUGCAAGCCAAACCACCGACGAAAGUCCUCCAUUUUGGGGUCGGAUUUACCUUCGACAUGGCGUCGCGCCGCUCCAGUACUUUCGCGAUUCGUACGGCGGGCACAUUUCUGGCGACGAGUGGCAAUUCGUCACGCCCUUGGACACGCUGGGCUGCUCUGCCUUCAACGUGUCCGAUCGGUCGCUGAUCUCGAAUUCGUCGUUCGUGGUGUUGGAUCGAGGCGUGUGCUCGUUUGAAAUCAAGUCCAGAAAUGUACAAGCCGCCGGCGCGGCGGGUCUCGUGAUUGUGAGCGACACCGAAGAAGUCGUGCGCCCCGUAGCGCAUGUAAUCAAGGGGGAAAUCGACAUCCCCACGGUCAUGGUGCGGAAAAGUGGAGGGGACCAAAUCCGCGUGGCUGUGAGCCGGGAGAACGUGUACGGACGGUUGAUUCCCAUGACGUGUCCACAGUCGUCUGUAUGUGGUCCCCAUGAGCCGACGCACGUGCAGCACUUGACGUCGGGGGUGCGCGGGGGGCUCGUGCACUCGACGGAAAAGUCCGACUCGGACUGGGAGUUUUUGGCGUCGACGUUUGGAAGUCCGUUUCUCACGCAAUUCCUUCCACUUGUCGAAGCUGUGCCGUCGCAUGCGUGUCAUACGCUCGACAUGACCGUGGUGAAUCAAAUGGUUGUCAUUUUCACACACGACGACCGCAGCUGCUCGUUCUUGACCAAGGUAUCAAACGCCCAAGUCGCCGGGGCUGCGUCCGUGCUAUUUGUUCACACUGGAGACGGGCCCUUAACACGCCCGUUUGUGGCCGAUCCGUGGGACGCGUACAACAUCACGAUCCCGUCCGCGAUGGUGUCCGGCAAGACUGCGCGAGACCUGUUGCGGCUUAGGUUCCCUGUGACGUUAAAGCACGACGCCCGUGUAGCCGACGCUUGGGAGAGAAUCGCAAGCCUAAAAAAUUUGGGUGAAUGGCCCGCGCGGAAAAACCGACGCGACGCCUUUUUGCUGGACAUUUUGAAACAGCACGGACAAAGUCACGCGAGACGUGUAGCAAUUCGAGGUCAUUUCAUCAACGUCGUGGGGGGAUCUUCCAGUUCGUGGGACACAAUCCAAGCCAAGUUGAACGAAGCAAGUCACGAAGAGCUGUAAAUUUGCUUAUAGUGUCUACCUGGGUCGUGUUUUCAAGGAGGCGUUCGAAACGUGUUGAAUGCACACUCGUACCAACAAGCAGUAUAUGCUGGGUUAAAAUACAUCCAGGUUAUGUCAUUGAUAUGUACGACUGCCAUGAAAAGUACGUAUGGC